GGAAAUUUGUAUCCGUAGCGCCACCUAAACAAUAAACACUCCAAAUUCCAACCCGCCAUCAGCCAUCAGCCUUCCCAAAUUCCAAAUAUCCAAAAAGUGUGAACCAUGUCUCAGCUCAACCAACACACCCUACCGGAAACCGACCCCAAUCCACUCCACCCGCAUAUCCACACCCAAUCCCUGGAUUCCCACACCCACCGGCGCUCCAAUUUUCACGACAACUUGGGCCUCGAUCCCUUCGCCGCCGACUCCGACCAGUUUUCCGACUCUGGCUCUGGUUCCGACCGCGACGUGGACCGGUUGGUCGCCGUCCUCUUGGAGCGCCUUUCCGAUGACGAUUUACUCGCCUUCCACGUUGAUACGUUUCCGGGUCUUCUGGAUGAAUACGGCGUGAUUGGGCCCGAGAACGGCGACGUUUUGGGGCGGUUCGCGGAGAACCAGAGGCGUAGCCGCCCGGCGGCGAAGAGGGUUGUGGAAAGUCUUCCUUGCGUGGAGUUAACGGUGGAGGAAUUGGGUCGAAGCACUGCGGUUUGUGCGGUUUGCAAGGAUGAGAUUGUGGUGGAGGAGAAGGUGAGGAGACUUCCUUGUGCUCACUAUUAUCACGGGGACUGCAUUGUGCCCUGGUUGAGUAUAAGGAAUACGUGCCCCCUUUGCCGGUACGAGUUGCCAACUGAAGAGCCCUAGUUAUGAGAGAAUUGGUGGUGGUGGCCUCGAGGGGCAGGGCUUGCAGGAUUCCAGGGUUUCAGGUUUUGGGUUGUUUAGGAUGGAGGGAUGGGAUAAUGAUUUUCUGCGCAACUGGAAUGAAAAAUGCUUUCAAGAUCGUUUUCAGGGUUUCAUCCAUACAGCAGAAAUUUAUAACUUGUGUUUACGGUCGAAACAAAUACAGUUUAAAAGUAGAAUGACAUGUUCAAAUAUGAAUGAAAUUUCAAUAUGCUUGUAUUGUUCA